AUGCGUAUACUGGGAGCACAUGAAUUCGUUCGCGUGUAUGGGGCGUCCAGGGCCGGGCGUCGCACACGUCCCGCCGCCGUGGGAGGAACUCUCUAUGUGCAGCCUAGGUCACCAAAAACCACUCCGCGCAGACUGGUAUCUCGGCGCAGUGAUGAUUCCUUCGGUCGCGGCCAUGGUUGCACAUACAGAGGAGUGAACAAAAGGCAAUUGGGUUGCAAGCACAAUUAUGGAGAAAGGGCUUUGGGUCCAGAGAAGGCGGCAAAAAAUGAAAGGCCAACCGCCAAAACAAAGACCCAAAAAUGGCCUGGACGCGGCCAUGUUCGAUCCAUACUCCCUUCACGCUUCAUCACCUUCACAAUUCCCACCCCCUUCUCUCUCAUCACCACCACCCUCCUCCGAGUCGCCGUUCUGACUCCCCGUUCAACCCAUGACUCACCCCGAGUUGCACCAUGUUCGUUCCCAAACCGCCACCACGAUGGAUUUUCUCCACGAGUCAGGUCACCUCCAGCUUCUCCUCACUCCCACAAAAUCUCACGUCUCAUAUUGAUCGGAGAGCAGCCAACGGAUGGCCCUGAUUCGCCCACCAUUUACCACCGCCAGAACCAAAACGACAACGUUUACAAAAAGAGACUGGAAGAAAAUGUCAUGCCUCUGGUAAUUGCUUUGUCUAGAAACUUUUGUGUUAAAGAUGGAAUUCUUGAUCUACCCAUUUUGAAUUAUGAAGAUGAUGUGAUUUCUAGUGUUGUUUUAGAUAGAUUUGUUGGUGCUUUUGUUGGUGCUAUGCUUGUUGAAGAUGUUGAGAUAGAGAAUGAGUGUGAAAAGAGAGAGUUUAGGAGAAGAUUGAGGUUUAAAAGAUUGCCAAAUUUAGUACAAACUGAGGUUAGAAUCGUGCCCGAGACGGAACUCUCUUUGGAUUUGAUUAAGAUUGGAGGAAGAGUUAGGUUUAGACCUGAUAUUGGGGUUUUGGUGCAUGUGUAUUUGGUGCCAAUGGUUGCAAGUUGUACUUUGAUUGGUUCAUAUCUUGGUGAGCGAAUUCAAAGUGGGUUUAGGCCUAAAGCUUUGUGUGUUGGGGUUGGAGGCGGGGCUUUGGUUAGUUUCUUGAGAACCCAGUUGUGUUUUGAAGUUGUUGGAGUUGAAAAGGAUGAAGAAGUUUUGAGUGUCGCAAGGAGGUAUUUUGGAUUAGAAGAUGGUGAGGAUGUUUGGUUUCAUGUUGGAGAUGCUAUAGAGUUCAUAGAGAAGCUUGCGUGUCGAGCUAAUGGGCAGAAUUCGGAUUCAUCUGGUGCUCAUGGGGUAAAUGAUGGUGAUUUGGAUACUAAAUUUGAUGUUAUUAUGGUUGAUUUAGAUUCUGGUGAUGCUAAGAGUGGUAUUAGUGCCCCGCCUUUGGAAUUUGUUACAAGAAAUGUUCUUUUGGCUGCUAGAUUAGUACUUAGUGAUUUUGGGAUUUUUGUCAUAAAUGUGAUUCCUCCAAACAGGUCAUUUUAUGAGACAUUGAUACGUGAAUUUCGGGAGGUUUUUAGUGAGUUGUAUGAAAUUGAUGUUGGAAAUAGAGAGAAUUUCAUUCUUAUUGCCACGGUGUUGCCCAUCGUGUCUUCAGCUAGUGAUUGUGAGAAUCCUUUUCUUAAGAAACUGAGAUUGGUGAUUUCAGGUGCAUACAUGGAUUCCAUCAAUAAAAUUUGAGGUGUGAAGCUGGUAGAGAUCAGGAAUAUGAUUAUAAAGAAAAAAUGUGCUUCAAAAGAUGAUUUGCACAUACAUAGAAAACCUUUUUAAUAAGAGGCUCUAACUCAAGAAAGAUGAUUUGUAGUACAUGCUUCUCAAAUAAUUUGCAGUUACAGGGCACAGAAAUAGAAAAAGCCUGGUUGAAAUUAUUCCAGUAGUAUCCUGCAUGAUUUUUUUAUUUCCAGAUUCAUAGGUUGUUAACAAGGAUGCACCACUUAUUUUGUGAUGAUUGAUUGAUUGGAUAUGAUAAUGAUAGAAUGCUUGAAGAUGUAACCAUGAAAGCAAGCGAAGACUAAGGAAACCACUUUUCAAGAUCAGAGGCAAUUCCCUCAUCUGGUUGAGGGACCAGUGAUUCUUAGUUUGGUCGGAACAUGAUCUUCCAAAGCUCUGGCAGAUAACAAGGUGUUUUGCAGGGUUGUGUUAUUGUUAUAACUUGGAAGGGGUAAUGUUA